UGGACAGUUCCUUUAGUUUACCAUGUGCUUCGACUUUUAAAAGUCAACAUUUCUUGUUUUUUCGUUAAAAAUUAAUUAACAGCCACAUAAUGGGCACGAAAAAGGUGAAAAUCAGCUCGGUGAAGCGGGCGGCUCACCUAAAGUCGAAGAAAACACCGCUCACGAAGCAGCAACAACAAAAGAACAAGCAGAAGCGCGACCAACUGCUCUCCAAGCGGGAGCAGGGACAGAAUAUAUUCUCCCAGAAAGCGCGGAAGAAGGAUAAUCUGGCCCAGCGCAAAAAGCACAAUAAACUGGCCUCCCUGGGACUGAAUCCGCUCGAGGAAAACAAUGAGGACGACGACGAUCUGAUGCUGGACAAUGUGGCCGACAUGCUUGACGGCGACGACUUGGCUCUGCUGCAAGCCAACAAGCGCAAGCGAAAGGCCAGGGCUGACGACGAGGACGCGGCUGAGCAGCAGGCUUCCAUUGGCUUGGAAAGGGCCUACGCCUCGGACACCAAGAAGGAGCAGGCGGCUCAGAAGAUCAAGUUGGAUCUACUGCCCAUUAAAUCCAGAGAUGGCCAGAUCAUAACCCGAACCACAGAGGUGGAUUAUCUGCCAAAGCCAAAGCUCAAGAAGAAGGAUGUGGAAGUGGAGGAAGUACAGGACUCCGAAGAAGGGGAGGAGGGCGACACUGAGUUCGAGGACAGCGACGACGAUGUGGUCAACGAUGACGAGGCAGCAUCAGCGGCCGCACACGUGCCAAAGCUCAUUUCCACGACGGAUCUGUUGAUUGCUCGCCAGCAGGAGAUCGAGCGCCAGAAGUACCGCAUUGGCAUCAUAUGCUCUGGCCUGCUUGAAAAGCCCGAGGACAAGAUGCGCAACUUCCAUGCCCUCUACGAGCUCAUGGACGAGAUAAACCCAGCCACCAGGCUGCCCAACCUGAUGCCCGUUCGAAAACUGGCCAUAAUAUCCAUAACGGAAAUCUUCAAGGACAUUCUGCCCGAGUAUCGAGUGGGUCAGGUGGACACCAAGAUGCAGACGCUGCGUAAGGCCACUCUGGAGCGUGUGACCUUCGAGAACGCUCUGCUGCAGCAAUUCAAGAAGUUCCUGCAGAAGCUGGAGCAUCUUACGGCGCAGGUGAACAAGAGGGGCGGUUUGAGGACGCCGCAGACCAUCAAGUUGGCCACCGUGGCCGUGCAGUGCAUGUGCGAACUGCUGGUGGCGCAUCCCUACUUCAACUACGUGCAGAACAUAGCCCAGCUGCUGGUCUACAUGCUGAACUGCAACUACCAGGAGAUGAGAACGGCGGUCAACGAGUGCUUCCGGACGGUCUUUGCCAACGACAAGAAAUAUGAAAUGGCCCUCUUCAUUGUGAGGCGGAUCAACAACCUCAUCAAGACGAAGCAGAACAACGUCCAUGUCGAGUGCAUCACCUGCCUGAUGGGUCUGAAGAUCAAGAGCGUGAACCUGGAUGCCGAGAAGGAGAAUGAGCUGAAGCAAAAGAAGCUGGAAUCCCAUCGUCAACGUUUGAUUAGCCUAUCCAAAAAGGAGCGGAAGAGGCGAAAGAAGCUCACCGAGGUGAACAGGGAACUGGAGGAGACCCGCGCCGAGGAGAACAAGCAGGCCAAGAACCUGAAGCUCACCGAGAUCAUCAAGAUGGUGUUUACCAUAUAUUUCCGCGUGCUGAAGAACGAUCCUACGUCUCGCGUGCUGAGCGCCAUUCUGGAGGGCUUGGCAGAAUUUGCUCAUGUCAUCAAUCUGGACUUUUUCGCUGACCUUAUCGAUGUACUCAAUCGGAUUUUGGAGGAACAGGAGGAGCUGGGCUAUCGGGAGCGCCUGCACUGCAUUCAAACUAUAUUUGUGAUUCUGUCCGGCCAGGGUGAGGUGCUGAAUAUCGAUCCCAUACGAUUCUACCAGCAUUUCUACCGCAAUAUGCUGGCCGUGCAGGCUGGCAAGAAUCACGACGACUUUGCCAUUAUUCUGCGCACCUUGGACGAGGUGCUGGUGAAGCGGCGACGAAACAUGAGCCAACAGCGUCUGAUGGCGUUCGUGAAGCGCCUGCUGACGGGAAGUCUCCACCUGCUGCAUAACGGCACUCUGGCCACGCUGGGCACCAUCAAGCAGACCUUCCAGCUUACCUCAGUGCUGGAUGCCCUGCUGGACACGGACACCAGCAUUGGUUCUGGCCGCUACGACCCCGAACUGGACGAUCCGGAGUACUGUAAUGCGGCCAGCACGGCACUGUAUGAGCUUGCGCUCCUGUCGCGACACUAUCAUCCCACGGUGCGGCGGAUGGCCAUGCACAUAGCCAACGGUGUGCCAGCCUCUGGCGAGGGGGCGCUGCCCACCGAUAUUGGCAAGCUCUCCUCCCACGACCUGUUCACACAGUACGACAGCACGCAAAUGGCCUUCAAUCCGACGAUACCGCUGCCAAAGGCUGGUCAACCCAAACUGAAAAAGGGUAAACAGCUGUAUAUUCGAUCAGAUUUUAAGCAGGAAUACGGAAAACUUCUGAAAGAGGGCAAAGUUACGCAGAGUAAAGACACGAAAAUGUUGCAAAUUGAUUUUCUUAGUGCACUCCAAUAAAGUUUAUAGGAAAUUUUUAAA